UCCACCCGCGGCAUUUCUCCUCUCGCCUUCUUAUUUUUGCCCGACAUUCAUCCGCGUGCCUCCGUUCAGUCAGGGUUUUAUUACCUGCAAUUCGAUUCGGGUUCCCCGGACUUGCUUCCUUCUGCUAAAGGGCUUUCCAGCUCACAAAUUCCCCCCUGCUUGCUUCCAUAUCACUCAAUUUCAUUUCCCACAAGUCUAAGCAAUUUGGCAAGGCUUUUGCUUUUUCUGGUUAUAGCCUAUCUAACCCGAGACCCCUAAUUCUCUAAUAAAGAAACCCAUUGCUCCCAAGCCGAAUGGUUUCCUUAUUAAGCUUUUCAUGGUUUCCUCCGUCCAUACAACAUGGUGUCUCUCGAUCGAAUAAAUUUGUGGCUGCAGAUGCGAGGGCGAUAAAUUCAUUCUAUGCUGCCCAAAGCAACGAGCAUAGGAAGGCUGCUUGUGCUUGUGCUUGUGCGGCUUCUCCACGAAACUUGAUGAGCGAUGAGUCAUCGGCGAUUAAAUUUAAUGGUUCUUCUGAAUCAGAACACUUAAACACAAUAGGGGAUCUUCAGGACGAUUCUGAUGUUCUUAUUGAGUGCAAAGAAGUCUACAAGUCUUUUGGGGAAAAGAAAAUCCUAAAUGGUGUGAGCUUCAAGAUCAGACACGGGGAAGCUGUUGGAAUAAUCGGUCCCUCUGGGACUGGCAAAUCUACUGUCUUGAAGAUUAUCGCAGGAUUGCUUGCUCCGGACAAGGGAGAGGUUUACAUUAGAGGUAAAAAGAGGGCUGGUUUGAUAAGCGAUGAAGAGAUAUCUGGUCUUCGGAUUGGACUAGUGUUCCAAAGUGCAGCUCUUUUUGAUUCUUUGACUGUACGUGAAAAUGUUGGUUUUCUCUUGUACGAACACUCAAGCAUGUCCGAGGAUCAAAUUUCAGAGCUUGUCAAGGAAAGCUUGGCGGCUGUUGGAUUAAAGGGUGUUGAGGAUCGGCUGCCUUCGGAGUUGUCUGGUGGGAUGAAAAAACGGGUUGCCUUGGCUCGGUCCAUUAUUUAUGACACUACAAAUGAUUCAAUAGAACCAGAGGUGCUUUUGUAUGAUGAACCAACUGCGGGACUGGAUCCCAUAGCUUCUACAGUAGUUGAGGAUCUGAUCCGCUCUGUUCACAUAAAAGGACGUGACGCUCUUGGAAAGCCUGGGAAGAUUGCAUCUUAUGUAGUUGUCACCCACCAACAUAGUACCAUUAAAAGAGCUAUUGACAGGUUAUUAUUUUUACACAAGGGUAAGAUUGUCUGGGAAGGAAUGACGCAUGACUUUACCACAUCACCAAAUCCAAUAGUCCAACAGUUUGCGUCUGGCAGCCUGGACGGUCCUAUCAAAUAUUAGGACAGGACGACUUGCUGCUACGGUGGUAGAAUGGAGAACAUAGGGCGUCAGUAAUGUCGAAAUGGAGCCGUGAGAAUGGCGAUGAUAGAGCAUAGUACAGACAGUUCUCAGUAGAUGACUGGGGGAUGAGCAAGCCAUGGACAGCCUUUUUGAUGGGCAAUUAUUUAAUUUAAUUCAACAUAUUGAAUUGGGGCAGCCGGUCAACGUGUUGGAGUGGUCACGGGAAAGGACAUGCUGUUACAUAUAACCAAUAAUAUUAAGAACGGGUUGGCUCUGACCUACACGAAGCACAUGAGACUUAUGGACGGACCUGAUGUGAAUUUGGUACAUCGGGCAGAAAGGGUGGGUGAGACGGAACAUUGAUUAUGGCUUUUCUGUUGUAAAGAAUUCAUAGCAGUUUGAUCGAUGAGCGUCAUAAGUCAUGAUUAUGGAUUCUCUGUUUCACUGAAUCCACCGAAUGCACAGAUCGAGAGUCUGGCAUCAUCCCGCGGUCUCUCUUGACAACAA